GGAAGGGCUGAGGGUAUAAAGACCUCACCACGGACUAAAAGGUAUGAGUGACCCGUUGCCAGUCCACAGUUGAAGUUGCAGAAGUUACAGGAGUGUCAACAUGAGCUGCAGUCCAGAGAGGAUGUCUUCAUACCGCCGCUAUUUCGAGGGUGUCUUGGCCCCCCCUCCUGCCUACCAGCUGCGGGUGUCCAGUCCCUCUCCCACCCGCAAGGAGACCCGCCAUCGGUCAGCAAGCUACACCCGGAGUGGUGGGUCGAUGGGGCGCAGGGCCAUCUCCAAUAAGACUCGCAUGACCAACAGUGUGAGUAUGGGAGCGCUUUGCUUUGGUAUGACCAUGGGGCUUGAACCAAAACUGGACCUGGAUGCGGCUGCAUCAGAGAACAAGGCCUUUAUGACGACUCGCACCACCGAGAGGCAGGAGAUGGUCGCCCUCAACGACCGCCUCGCAGCGUAUAUUGAAAAGGUGCGAACCCUGGAGUCAAAAAACAAGCUUCUGGAGGCUGAGAUUGAGGCCCUGAAGAGCCGCCAUGUCAGGCCCUCAGGCAUCAGGCAGCUGUACGAGUCUCAACUGAAGGAGCUCAACAGGGACGCCGAGAGAACGAGAGUCCAGAGGGAUAUGUCUCUGGCAGCCAAGGAGGCGAUGUUGGGCCAGUCGGACAUGCUGAAGGCCAAAUACGCAGAGGCUGUGGAUGCCCGCAAACAAACGGAGUGUGACGUUGAGAAUCUCCGUUCGGAUGUAGACAGAGCAACCUCAGCACGGAUUGCGCUGGAGAAACAGCUGGAAAACCUGGAGGUCCAGCUGGCCUUCCUAGAGAGAGUUCACAAGGAGGAAAUUGAGGAACUGGUGCAGCAGAUCUAUACAGAAACCUCCAAGGUGGAACUGACCUUUGGGCUCCCGGAUCUCUCCUCUGCUCUCAGACAGAUUCAGUCUCAGUAUGACAGCAUUGCUGCCAAAAACCUACAGGAAAUGGACACUUGGUACAGCUCAAAGUUUCAGGACCUGAGCAGCGCCUCCUCCAAACACGUUCAAAGCACUCGAAGUAUAAGAGAGGAAAUCGCAGGCUAUAAGAAGGAUCUUCUCAACAAGCAACGUGGAUUGGAGUCCCUGAAGACGAGGAACGAGUAUUUGGUGGCUCAGAUUCGUGAUGCAGCUGUAAAAUACAAGAAGGAGAAGGAGGCCCGGCAGGAGCGUAUAGAGGCAAUUAAGAUGGAUCUGAAGAUAACCAAGGAGAAGAUCGCUCUGCUGCUGCGGGAAUACCAGGACCUGCUAAAUGUAAAGAUGGCCCUGGAGAUUGAAAUCACGACCUACAGGAAGCUGAUCGAGGGGGAAGACAGCCGUCUGAGCAUCAUGGUCCGAGACCUGUCCCUAACUGGAGGCCUGCAUCUCACCUCCGGUGUUUGCAUGCAUGCUGCCUCAGCUUCAGUCUCGGAUAGCUCGGCCACUGCUGCCACUUCAAAGAUAGACGGAGAACCCGGUGGCACGGGCAGUAGCGGGGCUGAGAAAGGUGACGCCCAAGUGGAGAUGGCAUCAUCAGACACGCAGACAGACGGUGACUUAGGCGAGCAGGCAACUGAGAUGUCUGAGAGGAAGACUGUCCUCAUCAGAACAGUUAAGACAGAUGAGGACACUUUUGAGAGCGACACACAGGAGCGCACCAUCACCAUUUCUGGAGCAGCCGACGACACAGAUGAAGAAUAAAACCGUUCAUCAACCCCGAAUCUCUCUGAGCGACUCCUGCUAACUAUAUGCUGUUCCCCAUGUCGUGUUAUUCAGGUUCUUUUCAAUGCUUUGAAAAUCUAAGAAUUCAACAUUGAACUGGAGAGAAAACACUUGUACUUGUCUCCAUGGAGACUUUGCAUUAGGAAAGCUACACACUGUGUCACUCUGCUCUGCCUGCUCCUAACCGCCUGUCGGCCUCACACUGCCUUUCUGCUCUUCUAAUCCUCCUGUGUGUCGGGAA